AUGUCGAAGCACACACUCGAAGAGGCCGAGAUUGAGGCAGAUGUGCCUCGUAAGAAGUCCAAGAAGGAUAAGAAAUCCAAAAAGGAGAAGGUUCCUGAGGUCGAGUCCGGAGUUGAAGCACCUGCUGAAGAUGCGAUGGAUAUCGAGUCCGAGGUAAAGAAGGAGAAAAAAAAAAGAGACAAGAAGGAAAAGAAGGAGAAAAAGGAGAAGCAGGAGAAGAAGAAGGGAUCGAAGCGGCCGAUCGAGGACGAGGAUGUCAAUGGCGUUGAGGAAGAAGCAGAAGUGAAGAAGGACAAGAAGGACAAGAAAGAAAAGAAGCAAAAGAAGGACAAGAAGCCCAAGACGGAAGAUGCGGAAGCAAGCGCUGAAGCCAAUGGCACAACUAACGGCCAUGCGAAACUCGAGACGAGUGGAGAUGCCGCUGCAUCUACGUCAACACCUGCGACGACAAUGGGCAAGCUUCUACAAUACGAGCAAACCGCUGCUCUCGCCGCUGUCCCUAAAUCCGAAAUCAAGUCCUUCCUCUCUAAAAACUUGAUCGUCAUCUCCGACCCUCUCUCCUCAACGAACGUCCGCCCAAUAACCCAGUUCGCCUACCUCCCCACGACAACCCUGACCUCCAAGUCCCCAUUCAAGGGCUUCAAGGAGCCGACCCCCAUUCAAGCCGCCUCAUGGCCCUUCGGUCUUUCCAGCCGCGACAUCGUCGGUGUAGCAGAGACUGGGUCCGGAAAGACGAUUGCCUUCGGUCUCCCGCUCGUCGAGGCAGUCAUCAAGAUGCCCAAGGCCAAGGGACCUGGUCGCAUUCGUGCCGUGGUGGUAUCUCCCACGCGCGAGCUGGCCAUGCAGACCAACGAGCAGUUCACCAAGCUUGCCAAUGUAGUCGGACUCAAGGUUGUGUGCGUUUAUGGUGGCGCCUCAAAGGAUGCACAACGGACUCUGCUCAGGAAAGCCGACAUCAUUGUGGCUACUCCUGGUAGGUUAAAGGACUUCCUCGAGGAGGGCGAGGUCAAGCUGGACAACGCGGGCUUUGUGGUGCUAGACGAAGCCGACCGCAUGUUGGAUACUGGUUUCGAGGAGGACAUCAAGCGCAUCAUCGGGUGCUGCAAGCCCAAGGACGCGAGGCAAACGCUCAUGUUCACGGCCACCUGGCCACAGAGCGUGCAGGCCUUAGCCCUGACUUUCAUGAAUGACCCAGUCCGAAUCCAGAUCGGUGGCAAUGAGUCUGGUGAUCUGCAAGCCAAUCUUCGGAUUUCGCAGACGGUUGAGGUCGUGGAUCCGAGGGGAAAGGAGCAGAGAGUACUGCAGUUGCUCAAGGCGCAGCCGAAGAACGAGAGGGUGCUCGUGUUCUGUCUAUACAAGAAGGAGGCCACGCGCGUCGAGACCUUCUUGGGCCAGCGAGGCAUCAAGGUCGUGGCCAUUCAUGGUGAUCUGCGACAGGAGCAGCGGACAAGGAGUCUGGAAGCGUUCAAGGACGGUAGCACGCCCGUUUUGGUCGCCACUGACGUCGCGGCACGUGGAUUGGAUAUCCCUGAGGUCAAACUAGUGAUCAACGUUACGUUCCCCCUGACAAUCGAAGACUACGUCCACCGCAUUGGCCGAACCGGCCGUGCAGGCAAGACUGGCGUAGCCAUCACGCUCUUCACUGAGCACGACAAGGCACAUUCUGGAGAAUUAAUCAACAUCCUCAAGGCCGCCGGCCAGCCCAUUCCAGACGAGUUGAUGAAGUUCGGCACGACGGUCAAAAAGAAGCAGCACGGCACAUACGGCGCAUUUUUCAAGGACGUUGACAUGACGAAGAAGGGCACCAAGAUCACGUUUGAUGAUUAG